CAAUUUAUUCGACAAAGAUACCUUGUCCAAAAAUGGUCCCAAUAAGCUCGUCAAAAUUGAAUAGGAAACUGGCAAGCAGAGCCCUCACAAAAGAAGGACUUCCUGCCCGAAAAUCUAUCGGUUGUCUUUUUCUCGGCAUAAUAUUUGGAGUAUUUUUAGCCGGAAUACUCUUUUACUCCUUGAUGAACGAAGACUGCAGGGAAAGUUCGAGGAAUAUAAUGAACAUUAUUGGACUUAAGAAACAUCAAAAUUUAAAUAAAAAUGCUACAUUGAUACUGGAAACUGCCGAAAUAAAAACAGAAGACAAGGAAUUGAGCACAAUAGGCACACAAGAAACCCCUGAUGAAUUUAAUACAGCCGAUAAUAGCUCAAUAGUUUCUUCGCCCUAAGAUAUUAACUUCUAAGUUAGAGCAAUGAAAUAUUAAAUAAACCGAUGUUAGUCAAAAUUGUACAUAGCCUAAAUCGAGCUCGAUUAAAGUAGUCUUCUACUUUUAUAUAUAAA